GGGGUCUCUGUCAGCUGUUCGCCGGUCUUACGUGACGCCCUUUUGAUUUUGCUAGAAUUUAAAUUAUUGAUAAAAAUGAAUCAAGCAGAUGUAACUAAAUUGAUGUCGCAAUUGCGGAUCGCAGUGCGGCCCAAUCAGCGUAACUUGAAAAAUGCGGAUGGUCCUGAGGGGCGCCUGCUAAAGCUACGUAAAACUAUUACCGCUUUGAUGAAGCAUGAGCGUAUUGAACUUUGCUUCAAUCGAGCCGAUGAAGCUCGUGGUUAUGCCGAACUGUUAAUUUCCAAUGCCAUGCGACAUGGCGACCGUCAUAAGGCCACUAUGGAACUAGCUGAUUAUUGGCUCCUGGAGAAACAGCUGGUCCAUAAGCUGUUUAAAGUACUAGUUCCUCGCUACGAAAACUACAACGUAUCUUAUACUCGAAUGUACAAAGCUCCUCGGGAUUAUCCAGGAAUGUACUACAGACAGUCGGUGCUAGAGCUUCGUGGCAAUCCUUACCCUUCCCUAUUAAUGGAUCAAUCACAGAACCGUAAUCUGCUGCACAACGUGCUCCUUGAUGAGGCCAGGAAAGAGUUUAGACGUAAAAAAUUAGCUGACAUAGUUAACUAGGAAUUCAAAUACUUUCUGUGUUGCAACUCUGAUCGCUUAUUUUUAAGACUUGAAAACAAAUUUAUUAUAAAUGUAUAUUCAUAUAUAAGAUUAACGAACCAGAUAAAUUUGGCCCUUAAAAACUGGAUAAAUUUGAUUUGUAAAAUCUUUGGAACACAUCCUUUAUACAAACAUAUGUGUAUGUUUACAAAAUAUCCUGAUAAAGCUUUCUGACAUUGCAGUGGCUUAAGUAGUCCGAUUUCCAAUCUUAAGAGUGCAGAAAUAGGUUAGCAGUCUUUUUAGUUGUCCGAUUUCGAAACUUGAUACUUACCCUUACCGGUUAGACAGAUGUCGCGAACCAUUUCGCACUGGCUGUAGAAAAACUGGUGCUCGUUUAAGGAGCUUGUUGCACAGAUGGGCUGAAAUGGAUCACAGGUUUUAAUGGCCUUACAUGCUGGGCUGCUCUGUUUUAAUGGCAAAGAGACGCACAGCGCAAACAGUAUUGACACAAUCGAGAUCAGGAAACAAAACAAUAUAAUUUUCAUCGCGGCUUUGCCCGUCCAAAUAGACAUUACGCGCAUCUUGUAUCUUAUAUUAUGCCUAAAACAAUCGCACCAUAAUUAAGUAGAUAUCUGUUGAAUUUUGUUUUUAGUCGAAGCUUCUUAAGCUUCAACAAAUGUGAAUGCUUUUGCUGAAUUUUUAUGCAUAUACUUGUACACUUGACCUCCGAUUGCACCGAGCAAAAUUUGUUUUCUGACGACACUACGAAACGUUAUCCAACAACCGAUAACCACUAUACAUGCAUUCAACCGCCAUCAACCUCAGGGCGUUGCCAUAGAAACAAGCACAGAACAUUAUUACUUACCAAAGAAUCAACGAUAAAUGUUCCCUUUACCUCUGUUUUUUCCGGGAUCUUUUGUUUAUGCUACUUGUGAAGUUUGUGUACUAUGAAUGGUUGCUUAACUGACUGGAACACCGGCUCUAUUUGGUUUCCUAACGUCCCGGUGUUACGCACAUGUGCAUACAUACAUACAUAUGUACAAGAUCUUUUAUUUGUAUUUUUCAUGACUCAUAAUAAAUAAUUUCACCAUUUCAAUAAACACUUUUUAUUUCCUUAAAAGAAUAUAUAGCUUGAUC